GAGAGGGGGAGACUCGGGACCGGGGAGAGGGGGAGAGGGGGAGACUCGGGACCGGUGGACACAGACACCGUCUCCUCUCGGUAUCUGCGGCUGAAAAAUUCCCCCAAAAAACUUCUCUCCGACUUUUCUCAAACGUUUCACUUCGCUGUUCGAACAUUGGCCGGGAAUUGGCUGCGGAGUGAGGGGCCGAUCCCAUUAUGUUCCUGGGCGAUCGGGAGCAGUGACGGGACCCUGGGGCUCUGAGGCCAGAGGCUGGGAAUGGCGAUGAUCACAGUCACUUCACCUAACAACAACAUCACAGCAACUCAGGAGCCCGGAACCAAUAUUGCCGCCAUCGUGGCCCCCUGUGUGAUUGGGGGGGUCCUCAUCAUCAUCGUCGUCCUGACCAUCAUCAUCCUCAAGGUGAAAGAGAAACGCCGGGAAGAGGGGACCUACAACCCGAGUGGGCAGGAGCAGCAGGGCCCGCGGGCAGGGCAGCCUGGCACCGGCCUCAAGCUGCCACCGGAGGAGAGGCUCAUCUAGAGGCCGUCAACCACCACCCGGCAACCAGUGCCUACAGCCUGGCCACCAUGGCCCACGGUCUGGCAACUGGCAAACAUGACUGUCCAAGUGCCCACCAGCGACUGGUGACCAGACAUUAGUGACCACCACCCCACCCAUUGACCCGCGACCAGCACUGGACACACCGUCGCUCCCGCUGCCCCCCCCACCGGUGUUCCACGACUCUCCAUAGGUGCUGCCUGACCUGCUGCGU